UCCCUACCCUCACUCAGUCACUCGUGCAGUCGCACUUGAACCCUGCAUAUACCUUCGCCCCCCUUUCUUUUUCUCUCCUCGAGAGAAGGCAACCCCACAAAACUCAUAGAAAUCCAUCAAUGGCGGACGUCAAUAACUCCGCCGGCCCCACAUUCCCCACCAAGCGUGCCCCCGUCAACACCGAAAACCCCGCCAUAGAAUCUAAGAAGCAGAAGCUCGAAACACCAGAUAACAAUGGCAAAGAAGCUCCUGAACCUCUUGAACAAACCCUAGAAAACGACGUCGUACAGAAAGGAAAAGGGAAAGCAGAAGAGAAACUUAUAGAAGAUGAAGAAGAAGAGAAGGGUUUCAAUGGAAAAGCUGUAAUUGACAGGAAAGGGAAGGGCAUUCUGAUUGAAGAAGACGAGGAAGACGAUGAUGAUUCCGAUGAUUCUGACUCCGAUGAUUCCGUUAUCGGCGGAGAAUUUUCUGACGACAGUGAUUUCGUUGAGGAUCCCCUCGCUGAAGUCGAUCUCGACAACAUUCUUCCUUCGAGAACUCGCCGGAAAACCAUUAAUCCUGGUGCUUACCUUGCUACUGAUAUUCCGGCAGAGGAUUCCGAUGAGAGCGAUGACCCUGAUGCUUAGUUAUAUAAUUUUCUGAGGUUAGUCCAAAGUUUUUAAUUAUCUGGGAGGAAUUAAGGAAAAUUUUAUGUUAGUUUUGUAGUUGUUGAUCAAUGCAAGAGCUUAUUGUCGUUAGGUUUUAAUAUAUAUUUUGUGAAUUAUCGAACUUUUUGGUUUUUAUUUAUAAUAUUGUUGUUAUUAUGA